CGGGUGGGGAGACGACGCCUCUCUAAGCGACGCUCCGCGUCUUCGUCAGUCAAACCGCGAUCGUCUCCGCGUGAUGGGCCAUAGUUCAGAACGCUUAGUAGAAUAGGUAGCAAUGGUCGGUGGACAGUGUUGAAUCAGUUAGUUGACAAAAGCAGGCCAGCCAACACAGUUGGUACGCACGGAAUAUUCUUCACACCGUUCCGUCGACGAGAAUAGACGCUCUUCCGGAUCUCUGGCGACACUUGCCGGACCACGAACACUCUUGUUCCGGGUAUCAGUUUUCAACUGGUUCGUCCACUGGUCUUUGUCUCUUUCUGCCACGUGAUUGGACUAAAAAAAAAAGUGACAGCAUACUGUGAUAGAUUGUAGAACGUAAAGUGGGCGAAUAAAGUGUAAAAAAAAUGAAGAGCUCAGCAUUCUUGCUGCUCCUUGUUACCAUGACCACGUGUCAUGAACCGUUCCAAGUGGUCUUCCAAUGGAACACGAUCGACGUGAUAUGGCCGUCAGAAGAGAAACAAAACUAUGCGACUGAACACGGUGAUUACAUUCCAGCUAACAAUUUCAUAGCUGGUAUCAAAUUUUGGAAGGGUAAAAUGUAUCUGACGGUACCAAGGUGGAAAAGCGGGGUACCAGUGACGCUGGGAGUCACUUCUGCAACCGUGGUGAACGGCAAUACCGCCCCUAAGCUGGAAGCUUUCCCUAACUGGGACAUGCAGGAAGUUGGAGACUGCAACGCCUUCCAGUUGGUCCAAAGUAUGGAGAUCGAUCCAAAAGGACGUAUGUGGGUACUUGAUUCUGGAAAGAUGUCACCUCUCUCUGUAGAAGUGAAGAUCACCUGCCCACCAAGGCUGGUGAUCCUGGAUCUCGAGAACAACGGUGAGAUUUUACGAACCUACGAGUUCCCUCCACAAGUGGCCCGUCACGGUACAGCCCACCUAAAUGACAUUGUCUUGGAUCACGAGGAUGGUGGCAUGGCGUAUAUCACAGACAGUGAUCGCGAAGAUCCAGGCAUAAUCGUCUACUCCCUCAGUAACAAUACUUCGUGGAAGGUCAGGCAUGAUUCCAUGAAAGCUAAACCCGAAGCAGUAAGAUUCAUGGUCUCUAAGAAUCUCAUUAAUAUGCCUAUAUCUGUCGAUGGGAUUGCUCUGUCUCCGGCAAGUGUUGAAGACAGACAAGUAUACUAUUCACCACUGUCUUCAUUCCAUUUGUACUCUAUACCAACAUCGGUGUUGAAGAGCAACCUAAGCAACGUAGAUGAACACGUUAAGGAAUUGGGAAAGAAAAUUUCUCAAACCGAUGGAAUGAUGAUGUCAGCCAAGGGAGCGUUGUACUUUGGACUGCUGGCUGACGAUGCUGUAGCUAUGUGGGACACUAAACAGUCGUUCACUACUGGCCAAAGGGUGAUCUCUAGAGAUCAUGAAAGGAUGCAGUGGCCGGAUACAUUUGCGUUCGAUGAGAAUGGUAACUUUUACUGUGUCACUAAUUCCUUGCAAAAUAUACUGACCAACCGAGUAAACACCAGCGUGCCGAACUAUCGAGUAGUCAGAGCGAAAACUGCAGUCAAGAGUUAUCAGUAUUUGGAGGACGGAACCGCACCGGAGCAGCCGGAGAUACCCACUUCAGUUGCAAACAGGAUUAGUCUCGCAGUUGCUACCGUAUCAACCAUUCUGCUUGCUUUCGUCGUAGUGUAGUAACAUCUUUCUCCCUUACUUGUUCCCUCGUUCUUUUUUCUUCGAACACAGUCGGGUAUACCAAAGACAUUCGUUUUAUCCUUUCAGUUAAGUAAUGCACAGAUACCCCGUCCAGUGUUUUUGGUGACCUUGAACAUUUAGAGUAAUGAUCGUAGGUGGUUUGGAGUCAUGAUAAAAAGGACAGAGACCUAAGAUUACUUGACCAUUCGCGAUUGCCAUAAGUACUUGCUCAUUUUCCUUGUUUUUCUUAUUACCUUCAUAUUUUAAUUCCAUAGAUACUUGUAUUUGAAGUAUCUCUCUCUUUAAAUAUAUCUGGAAAAAUUAUUAUUCCAGAAGAUCGUUAAAUUUUUAUGGGUACAAUACCUAUGGUGAAGGAAAUGGCCUUAAAUGAUCAAUUAAUUUUGCAUGAAACAAAAGUUUUAAUUCACAAUUAUGUAUUAUUCGCGAUGGGACUUGUAAAUUGGUGUUGUCAAAACGAAGCUUAAGAAUCCUUCUAACCAACGAAUAAUUGGAUCAUAAGAUCAAACUGCCUGUUUGCAUAAAAAUCUUGUAAAACGUUUUGUAGUGGCUAUCGAAAGUAUUGACAUGCCAUUUGGUAUAGAGUGUACAUUUUAAUCAGUUAAGAUACAAAUACAUUAAAUUAUAUAUCAUUUAGUAGCAUUUUUAUAUGAUUACUAAAAUAUUUAUUUAUUUAUAUAUAAUAUGAUACUAUAAAAAUCAAAUGCGAAAUUGGAUAAAAAAACAUCUCAUUGGAAAAUAAGGCUAUGUGCAAAUACUUUUCAAGACCAUAGAGAAAGUCAAUGUCACUUUUGAUUACAAUUGCUAUUUUUGACAUUUUCAUCGAGCAAAAUUGAUCUCCUGCAAUUUAGUUACCAACAAGCGUUUCUGCAUUGUGGCCUCUGUUGCGAAGAAGAGUAACAAAUCUAUUUUUUUUUCCAACGUCGGCAACGACUUAAUAUUCUUACUUUUUUAUACAAUACGUUAUAUCAGUCCACUCAAUGAUAAAAAAAGAGGAAGAGAGAAAAUGUUUUCCUAAAUUUUUCAAAACGAGGAUAACUCACUCAUGUUUCUCCUGCAAGAAGAGGAAGACAUUAAAUGAAAAACUCUAACUUCAAAGUAGCAGAACUUUCACUACAUACAAACGUGAUAUAUUAAUGAUUUCAUCAUUAUUCGUUUUCUAUCUUCAUUAAUUCAGUAGUUAAUCGGGCCGUUUAAUUGAAUUGCUGAUCGUUAACUCCGGCCGCAAUAGCCGAACAAAAAGAAUUACAUUUUUAUAUGGGGCGAAACUUUCGCCGCCACACCAUCGCAUUCACACAUAAUUGACCUCGAAUUAACAUCAUCAAUGGAGACUAUUAAAUCUGCCAGUGAAAUUAAGACGCUUCCAGUCCGAUUGCAUGACUUCAAAGGGAAAUUGGAAGAAGUUAGCCACGUUGCGCUUGUAGGGUGUCGUGUACAGUGUUGAAAGGAAGAUGAGGCAUUUGUCAAGACCAUGAUGAAAGCCAUUAUCGAUGAAAGUUCCGGCCGUCGAGGACUCGUCCCUUGAAAAAGAACGAAAUAUCAACGAGCAUGAGUUUAAUGGGAUCAUAGCUCAGCGAGAUAGAAAUGACAACUCGGGAACGAACAGUAGGGCAGCGAUAAUGAAUGAUCUUUUCUAGUUCGAGAAAUCGAUCCUCUGUAACGCGAUACCGACAACAUUCCACGCCUUGGGUUUUGAUUGUAAGUCUCAAAGCGAAUUGUGAUCUAAUACGACGUGUAUUACAUUUAUAGUUUCUAUUUUUUUUAACUAAAUUGUUGCUGAAACAAUUGUGAAGCAUAUUUUGAUUUUCAGGCUAAACAUCUCGACAGUCCAUACUGCUUGAUUUAAUUAGAGCAUCGUCAAUGCGUACAAUCGUUAAAAAGGGCAUUCGACCAUACAGAAAGUUAAAUAUUUAGUCAAAUAUUUGUCGAUCCUCUAAUUACUUCAAUCAGCUUGCGAAUACAAAAGUAUUAAUCCUAUUUAGACAUAUAUGAACACAGAGGAUUCAUUUCAAGGGAAACAACCAUUGAUUAUCAGCCCGUUACCAUAUUACCUUGUGUUAGUAACACGACGAUAACUGCUACUAAUUGUAUAUCUGUUAUUUAUAUCCGUGACAUAAUCGUUUUAGUUGCGACAAAAUUAUGUACGAUGAAUCCUCGUAUGACCUUAUGUAAUAGAGAUGUCUAUUUUUUUGAUCAUUUUCUUCUUUUUUUCUUCAUUAGUCGAUCACGCAAAUGGGAGAAAGCUGAAGAUCAAUGAAUUUAUUAUAGUACUUUAGUCUCAUCGCCUUAUGAAUCGAACUGUGAAUACGUAUACUAUAUAUAAAUGUAUGUAUGUAUGUAUAAUUAGUGUGUACAUUACACAUGUAACAUGUACGAGUAGCUUUAAUACAUAUGGCCUUAUUUGCGACGAUGAAUUGAAACUGUAUACUACGUUCCGUUGGAAAAUGUGACGUUAUGACUCAUUUGUCUGUAAUCGCUGGUGAAUGCAACUUUCCACCAUUUCACGGCAUAUAUUGCUUACAAUUAUUAUAGAUUCCAGUAUGUUAUUGAAAAUUCAGAUUGAUUCCUCAUUUGCACGAGUAUCUUUAGCGCGUGAACCUGUGUACUAUAAGUUAAUGAAUAAAUAGAAUAGCCCGUCGAAUCGUGUACAUAUACUACUGAUCACAAGUCUCGGACCAUCUCCUUCAUUAUCACAUUUUAAACACACAAUAAAAUAAACGACACUAUAGAAAAUGUCUGUCUAUAUUCAAUAUUGUUAAGCUUUUGUGCAUUCUAUAAAAUGUUUCAAGAAGAAUUCUUACAAAGGCUGAAUUUGUAUAUAUUUUAAUAUUAUAAGGCUGAAUUUUUGCAAAAUGACACUAUCUAUCAAAUGAUGGCCUCGAACUUCUGCUCAGUAGCUAGAGCUAGAGGCCGACUAUUAAACAGAUACAGAGCCAGUGUGAAAUGAAUCGCUCAUACGGCAUAUCACGCGUUUGAGAUCUACGUUUUCACGUGCAUUUAUUAAUGAAAAAGAGAAAAAGAGAAUAUCCAAUCUAUCGGUGAGUAUCAUCGAUUUAAAGUCCAACAUGGUCUUUCGAAAAAAAGAAACUCGAAGACGUUCAUCAAAGGAGCAUCGCGGUAAUCUCACUUUCAACCUCUCUUCCCACAAUUGUUUCUUCUUUCAGCACGCAGCGUCCCAGUUUUGCGGCAAAGUGAACCGCACGCACAUUAUUACAUGCGACGAACGGAGUCGGGAUCUAGCCCUGAACCACGAGUCAAUGAACGCCCAGGGAGAGGCUCAGAAGAUUACAAAACUGCGCUGAGAAUACUCGUUGCACCUGAGAUUAAUCGAUUUAAUCUGCUCGAAUCAUCGGGAGCACCUGUUUUUAGCUCCUUUCCGCGGAUCGCAUCUAUUUUUCAAUCAGCCUAAAUCAGUCCAAGAUGGAGAUCACGAAGACUACAAGGAACAAAAGUUCCAGCAAUUCUCAAGUUGUUGAUGAUGACUUUUAUCUUUCUAAAACAUGGAAAAACAAAUUCAUGUAUUUAAAGUUACAUGGAAAAUUUUAAUGAGAUAUCAUUAUUAAUUCUUAUGUUUUGCGUUUAUGUUUAUAAUAUUUUUGAAAUGUAUGUAAAAUAGAGAUUGGAGAUAAUACCAGUAGAAAAUCUAUAGAAUGAAUCAUGAAAGGAACGUAAAAAUACCGAAUGAGUGGCUUUGAAAAGAUGUCACGACAUUCAAUUGCGUUUACAACAAAUGAUGUCAUCGCACUAUGAAAAGAAUAUUAAGUGUCUUUCGACUCGUAGACAGAGUUCGAUGUUCAAAGUUGUUGAAGAUGGUUUCCAUUCGCUCGUCGGACGAUUAAGUGCUAACCGAGAUGUUCAGAAAGACUGGUCGACGAAAAAUUUGGCUAAAAUUAAAAGCAUUAGGUACCGCGUCAUACCGACUACCCAUAUUUAAAUGUCGAUCAUACAUUCCCUCCUCGCCAGCUACAGCAGUUGAACCAUUAAAUUGAAUCAAACAAUUCCGAAUGAUGAACGAAUAUUACACAUUAAGAACUCAAGAAAUAUUGUAUAUUUAACAAGUGAUCGAGGAAUUCAAACAAACGUUGUCUUCGUUUGUUUAAAAAGUCACGCUUAUAAAACAUAUCCGACAGGGCUAUACACUUAUCAUGGUGUUGUUCUUAGACAAGUAGUCGGUAACCAGUAUUGAACGAUAUUAGAAAAUAUUAUAAAAGAUCUGUUAUGAAAGAUCGUAAGGUUUCGAUGAUCGACCAGUCUUCCGGAAUUUUAAUCAAGAGCGGCCUUUGCGCCGCUUUUUAACUGCGGAAACGGGUGUCGACAGUACACAGCAAGGUUCUAUCGUAUAGUAGAUUGUAGAUUUAUAAGUAUGCUUUCUAUUACGAGAGAAGCUGGAUUGAAGUUUCGUUUUGUUUCGUCGAGGGUCUCGCUCAGUUGAGCCCGAUUACAGCUGACUUUCAGGCUGGAACGCUUUACGUGUGAUUGUAGAAUCGUUUCCUGUUUAGUCCAUUCUCUUAAACCUACAAAGGAAAAGUUCACAUUAGAUAAUCAGUAGCAUGAUGACAAUUACGUUGAUGAUAAUGCCCGGCUAAGUGAUUUUCGAGAAACGAAACGGAAUGGAACGAAAGUACGUUAAUUACAUUAUUUCGACGUCGUUCUACAUAUUAGUAAAUCUCCGUAUACUAAGAAGAUUAAUAUAUUUUCUAUAGCAGUGAUAGUUCUUUAAUAAAUAAUACGAAUAAUUUUUCUGCGUGAAAACACAGAAGAACGAAAUUGUUUCGCAUGGAUUUUGAAAAUUUGUGGAAUGUGUAUACGGUAGCGUUUAUAGCAGAAAAUGCUAUUUUUACCAAUGGAAACAAUGAUUGUCUCUAUCCGGGUCAUGGAUUUUUUCAAAAUCGCAUGAGAGAUUCGUGUGGAGGAAUUUCAUCUUUCACGUGGAAUUGAUCAUUUUUGAUGAAACACCCUAUACAUUACGUAGAAUAGCGGUACAGAUUCAAAUAGAAAAUGCACUGCCAUUCAUAUCGAUAAUAAUUUUAUUACUGUGUGUUUUAGAAGAAUGUAGUACUGCUAUUGUAUAGUGCUUAUGUAAAUUAUGCCUUAUUAAUAAAGAGAUAGAUGUUAA